AACGAAAUGCAAAGAGAGUGUGACAGCGAGUGUUGAGUGAACUUCCCAGUUUUUUUUUUUUUCAACCUUCAACCAUGAACCCAUCAUCAUCGUCAUCAGUGAUUACCCGAGAUCAAACCCUCUUUCUUUUCAACCACCCUUUCCCACAAUCUCAAUCAUCCCCUCUCUCAAAUUUCAAGAAUGGUUCCUGUAUAUCUCCCGUCAUCAACACCCACACAAGAAAGCCAAAGACCCACACUUUGUUCACGUCUCCUAAGCGAUUCCAAGCCAUCACUUGUUGCUUAGGCGACAGGAGUUCGCCUGCAAUGACACUUCGACAGAUUCUGGAAUCGCCUGGGGUUCAUCAAGGCCCUGCUUGUUUUGAUGGUCUCAGUGCUAAGCUUGUUGAAAGAGCUGGGUUUCGGUAUUGUUUCACCAGUGGAUUUUCCAUUUCUGCUGCUCGCCUGGGAUUACCGGACACGGGAUUUAUUUCCUAUGGAGAAAUGGUUGAUCAGGGACAACAAAUCACCCAGGCCGUGUCGAUUCCUGUUAUUGGAGAUGGCGAUAAUGGAUAUGGUAAUGCGAUGAAUGUGAAGAGAACUGUUAAAGGAUAUAUAAGAGCUGGCUUUGCCGGGAUCAUUCUCGAAGAUCAGGUGUCUCCGAAAGCUUGUGGUCACACACAAGGCAGGAAGGUGGUGUCCAGAGAGGAAGCCAUUAUGAGAAUUAAAGCAGCGGUUGACGCUCGCAAAGAGAGUGGUUCGGACAUUGUUAUUGUGGCACGGACAGAUUCUCGUCAAGCACUGUCUUUAGAGGAGUCACUCUGGAGAUCAAGGGCUUUUGCCGAUUCCGGAGCAGAUGUCCUUUUCAUUGAUGCACUAUCUUCUAAAGAAGAGAUGAAAGCAUUUUGUGAAGUUUCUCCGUUAGUUCCAAAAAUGGCUAACAUGCUUGAAGGUGGGGGGAAAACACCGAUACUCACUCCGCUUGAACUUGAAGAAAUCGGAUAUAAACUUGUGGCAUAUCCGCUCUCCUUGAUUGGAGUAUCUAUCCAAGCAAUGCAGGAUUCGCUUACUGCCCUCAAAGGCGGUCGUAUUCCGCCUCCGGGGAGCAUGCCAUCUUUCGAAGAAAUCAAGGAAAUCUUAGGUUUCAAUAAAUACUAUGAGGAAGAAAAAAGAUAUGCUGCCAGCAAUUAUCGGCUAUCUGGAGACGGAGUGAGCAGUAAUGCAUACAGUAUAGAAAGGGUUCGAGAUGAGUCGGAACAAAGAGGUCAAAGUCCUCAAGAUCCGGUUGUCGAGGUGAUAACUCCUGAUGUAUACAGUAACUAUCGUGCAGAUGGUUCAAGGGAUCCUUUUGCUAGGAUCUGGUCUCGGACAUUGAGAAUCAAGAUUACUGGAAGAGAUGGAAUCGAGAGACUGGACGUUAGAGUUCCUGCCGGGUUUUUGGAAGGAAUAACAAAUAUCGUUCCGGCUUUGGGGGGCAUAAACAUCAAGGAAUUGUUGGACGAUGCUGCCGAAGAAGUUGGUGGGAAGCUGUUGUUGGAUUUUAACGAUACAAUGGGUGACAGAAUUCAAGUCUUUCUCGAAUGAAACCCCAUUGUAGUCGAGCUUUU